UUCCUGUGUGCAUGUUUGUAGUGACAACACUGUGUGGGUGUGUACAUGUGUCUAUGCAAGUGUGUGUGUGUGUGUGUGUGUAUAGUCGGUUGUUUGUAUGUGUGUGUGUUGUCUUUCAAGCACUCGUCUCCCAGCUCCAGUGGGUUCGGACUAUGAGCGGCAUUCAUCACUGACGCACUGAGGAGGUCUUGAGCGCCCCUGUCUCUCCUCUCCUCUCUGCUCUGCUCUCUACCUCCUUCUCCAAACCAGCAAGACCUGGACCUCACCCCCACACAACUAGCCAGCUACACAGGAGACGCGGAGGCCUCAGCGCCCGAGGCCAGGUAUUGGUUGCCACAAACGAACCUCCUGCGAGGAGCUUGGCGCCCGGUUUAAGGUUACAGGAUACGGCAUUUAAAAAAUACGAGAAGAAGAAGAAGCGGAGGAGAAGGGUGGAAGAGAAGCAAGGAAACUUAGAAAGAAGAAGAAGAGAAAGAACGAGGGAAGAAGAAAUAAAGAAAGAAGGAAAAACAUGGAAAAUCUGACGUCGGGCACGUCGGGCCUGCGGCUGAACUGCAGCACCUCGGGCCGCCACUCCUUCAUCUUCACCUUCGUCCCCGUGGUGUACGGCUGCACCUUCGUCAUCGGCGUGGUGGGCAACAGCAUGGUGGUGGCCGUCAUCUACCGCUACAUGAAGCUCAAGACCGUGGCCAACGUCUUUGUGCUCAACCUGGCCGUGUCCGACCUGACCUUCGUCAUCACGCUGCCUAUGUGGGCCACCUUCACCGCCACGGGCUACCACUGGCCCUUUGGCGGCUUCCUGUGCAAGGCCAGCGCGGGCCUGGUGAUCUUCAACCUCUACACCAGCAUCUUCUUCCUCACGGCGCUCAGCAUCGACCGCUACCUGGCCAUCGUGCACCCGGUGCGCUCGCGCCGGCGCCGCACGCUCGUCUACGCCCGGCUCACCUGCGUGCUGGUGUGGAUCUUCGCGCUGCUGCUCAGCGUGCCCACGGCGUACACGCGCGACGUCUUUGCCAUCGAGAACUCCAACACCAUGGCGUGCGGCAUCUGGCACCGGCAGGAGCACGUGGGGCUGCUGGUGGCCCUCAGCCUGCUCAAGACCGUCCUGGGCUUCCUGGUGCCCUUCCUGGUCAUCAUCACCUGCUACUGCCUGAUUGGCCGGACGCUGCUGCGGGGGGCCCGGGCAGGGCGGAUCCAGCGCAGCACGCGCUCCCGCGACGACGAGGUGCUGCGCAUGCUGGCGGCGGCCGUGCUGGCCUUCUUCGUGUGCUGGAUGCCGCACCAGGUCUUCCACUUCAUGGACAUGCUGAUGAUGCUGGGCGUGGUGGACGACUGUCGCGUGGUGGACAUCAUCGACACCGCCAUGCCCUUCACCAUCUGCAUCUCCUUCUCCAACAGCUGUAUCAACCCCCUGCUCUACGGCUUUGUGGGCAACAACUUCCGGAAAAAUCUGCUGAAGCUCCUGCGGUGCCAACCCACCGGCAACGGAAACGGCGCCAGGGUGAUGAUGGGCGGCAGCAGCGGCGGCGGCGGCGGCGGCAGGCCCGGCAAUGGACACCAUCAUGGGCACCACCACACAAGCCUGAGCUCCAAGAUGAGCACGCUGUCCUACAGGGCCUCUGAGGUGCUGCACUUCAAGUCCAGCAAGAGCAAGGGCUCAGCGGCAGCAGCGACGGAAGCCAUGUCGGAUGUGAAAUGAGAGAGAAACUGAGGCUGGAUGGGAAUUGGCCAGGUCAUACCAUACCCUCGUACCCAUUUCAUGGGAAAUGAGAAUUGAGAGGAAGUUAUGUGUGGCAAGGUUGUGCUAGGAAUGGACAAAACCCACCAAA